GUUCGCGUCGCGUGAGUCACAAAGUAAUACGUCGACGAUCGGAACGGACGGAAUCGGACAGAAUCGAACUUUACGACACCACAUGGUGCUAGCGAUGGCUGAUGAAAUAACGAGGGAGACGUUGCUGAAUCGCGUGAAAGAGCAAGGCGAGACAGUUCGACGAUUAAAAGCUGCGCAGGCUGAUAAAACGCAAGGAUACAGAGAGCAGUCUGAUAUAAAUGUUGAAUUAGAAAGCUUAAACAAUGAUUUUGCGGAUGUCAGCUAUGCGUGUGGUUGGUGCCCAACGUCCAAAGACACUGAAUUAUUUGACAAGUUAAAUGUCAUAAGUAAUGAUGAACUUGCAAGGUGGCCGCAUCUAAACAGAUGGUACAUUAACAUGAAAAGCUUUACCCAAGAAGAGCGUCUAGCAUUUCCUCUUGUUAAGGAAGCAUCAUUUACUUCCCUGGCAGAAAAAAUCGAGCUGCUAAAGAUUAAUCACUAUAUUACCAAAGAUAUGCUAGAUAAAAAGAUAGCAGAGGAAGUCACCAAGUUGUUGGAUCUGAAAGCGCAAUUGGGAGAAGAAAAUGGUUGUUCUCACAAACUCAUCCUUAAAACACCUAAAGGCACGAGGGAUUAUAAUCCAGAGCAAAUGGCAUUACGAUUAGGAGUAUUGGAAAAAAUAAUAUCAGUAUUCAAACGUCAUGGCGCAGAAACCAUAGAUACGCCUGUAUUUGAACUGAAGGAUGUUUUGACAGGUAAAUAUGGUGAAGAUUCCAAACUCAUUUAUGAUUUGAAGGAUCAAGGCGGCGAGAUCCUCGCACUUAGAUACGAUUUAACAGUUCCUUUCGCGAGGUAUCUGGCCAUGAGCAAAAUAUCCUCCAUUAAAAGAUAUCAUAUUGCUAAAGUCUAUCGAAGAGAUAAUCCAGCUACAACAAAAGGCAGAUAUAGAGAAUUUUAUCAAUGUGAUUUUGAUAUUGCUGGUCAGUACGAUCCAAUGCUAGCGGAUGUAGAGUGUAUUCGGGUCGUAUCCGAAGCAUUGCAGAUUCUGGAUCUGGAACCAUACGUAAUUAAGUUGAAUCACAGGUCUUUACUAGAUGGCAUCUUUGCUGCGUGUGAUGUCCCACAGAGUAAAUUUCGUAGUAUCUGCUCCGCUAUAGAUAAACUGGAUAAGAGUCCAUGGGAGGAAGUGAAGAAAGAAAUGAUAGAGGAAAAAGGAUUAGAUGAGCAUAUUGCCGACAAGGUCGGCAACUAUGUCUCCCAAUCUGGUGGAGUCGAAUUGAUAGCCGAAUUGAGAAAAGACAAAGAAUUAAUGAGACAAUCUGCUGCUGUGCAAGGUUUAGAUUCCAUGGAACUAUUGUUAAAGUACUGCGGUAUCUACAAAGUUCUGGACAAAAUUAAGUUUGAUCUGAGUCUUGCAAGAGGACUCGAUUACUAUACAGGCGUUAUUUAUGAAGCUAUAUUGUGUGGAGAUGACAUUGGUGUGGGUAGUGUAGCGGGUGGCGGCCGUUACGAUAAUUUAGUGGGGAUGUUCGAUAGUAAGAAUAAAAAUGUAUCUUGCGUCGGUGUGUCUCUAGGCGUCGAACGGAUAUUCAGUGUUUUGGAAGCGAGAUUGGCUAACAAGGGCCUAAAAACACGCACCACUGAGAUCGAAGUGUUUGUGGCGAGCGCACAGAAAAAUUUGCACGAAGAAAGAAUGAAAAUAUUGGUGGAUUUGUGGGAAGCUGGAGUGAAAGCGGAGCAAUCCUACAAAAAGAACGCGAAACUCUUGGCGCAGUUACAACAUUGCGAAGAAAACAGGAUUCCAUUGGCAAUAAUCAUCGGAGAAAGUGAAUUAGCAAAGGGCGAAAUUACGCUAAGAGUCGUCUCGAGGCGGGAAGAGAUUCGCAUACCACGUAGCAAUCUCGUCGAAGAAAUACGAAAACUGUUAAAAACACUAUCGUAGCCUUACGGUUUUUUCAUAUACGUCCUUCUCACUAUCGGGAGAAGAAAUCAACAUCAGUACAACAAAAUAUUUAUGUUGCAUUUUAGUUUUAUUUCAUGCAACUUGCACACUGGAAAAUUUUUAUUUAUUAGAUUUCUCGCGAAUCUAUUUGUGUAGUACUUUACAUGACGGACCGUUACCUCGUUGAGUGAUAAGUUCCUUGUCACUCAUAUAGAUGCUAAUUAUGAAACCGUACAAUAAGUAAAUGCAUGUGACGACACUCUGCAUUCGCGUCAUGUGAAUAUGUCAUAUGAAUAAUUUCCGCAUGGGUAAUCUUUCAAUCGAAUUUUUCCAUUUUAUGAUAAUAAACCAUAAUUUACAGCUUCCGAGCUAUCGAAAAACCAAAUAUCAUAAUUUAUUCUGCACGAACUUGUCAAUAAAACGUUACGCAUUUCGUAAAACA